AUGGCUGAGGGGACCCUGUGCUGGGAGCAGCUGCCGGAAACCCAGGGAACCGUCUUGAAGGAAGAGAAGGAGAAAGUGUUUCCUGAGGGCCCAGUCAGAACAGUGCACUUCAUUCCCAGAGCUAGGGAGAAGAGAGAACAGGAUCAACAGUUAAAGAGGAAGCAGGAGCGUUUAAAACACAUCCAGAAAUACUUGUCUGAGAAGGAAAAGGGGAAAAAAGAGACGAUGGAAGAGACAAACAGGAAAUAUCUAACCGUGCCAGCAACCGAAGGGAAGCCUGAAGGAGAAAAGGAGACACUGAAAAGCAAGGAGUUCAGUACCCCUGAGCAGUACUCAGAGAGAGUACUCCCAUCAAUCUCUCUGACUGCCUGGGAGAUGGCGGAGUCGAGCACCGACUUCAAAGAGAAGAUUAUGAAGAUUUGGGAAGAUGCCAGGGAAGAGCCACCCACAGUCCCUGAGGAAGACCCUGUUCCUCCUAAGCGGAACCUUUCCCCACGGACACAGCGGGCCCUGCAGGAGGUGGCAACGUGCAUUCUGAGGCACGUGGCCCGCAAGCGCAGGGGGCAGAGGGAUGAGCAGGCAGAUCUGCAGGACAAGCUCAAAUGCGAGCUGGCGGUGCUGCAGUGGGAGCGUUUGGGGAGAGAGGCACACAGCAGCAAACUGGGGGAAGAUGGACCCCGACCUGCACCCCCUGCUUGGCCAGGGAAGAGGAGGGCAGGACCGGUACGUGCCAUGGGCUUGCGCAGGGACUCUGGCGUAUGCAUCUCGUGUCUAACAAGGGCACUCACCAUAUGCUUAGCUGAAAGCUGA